AUGGACAAUACCAGGAUGAACUCCUUCCUUGAGUAUGCAAUUUGUAACCGUGGGACGAGCGCCUACUCACCCAGAGGAUACCGCCAUAUAGACCAAGGGGCAGCCGCCUACCCAGCUUGCCCUGGUCCCAGUGACAUUUAUAACACAGAUGGACGUUAUAUAGUUGGAGGAAAUGGUUCUAUGUCAACCCAGCUUCAUCAGCAGAGUCCCAGCUACACUCAUCACACACACAAUGCUGGUCUCUCCUAUGCCAACUCUAUACCUAGUUACAAUACUCAGGCCUGCAGUCAGGGUUAUGGACACCAGCUGUACGUCAGCCAAGAAGCAGAAGCGGUUUAUUUCCAACAAGCACCUUAUUCUGCUAACACGGGGUCCACUACCACCUCCUUGUCUGAAGAAUAUGGCGGCCCAGCUCUUCACCAUCAGCACCCAUAUGGGCAGGAGCACCAAGGAUUGUUACAAGGAACAUACCCUAACCAUUCCCCAACCCUACAUGAGGAAAAAGAGGUCUGCCCAGCUGAACACUCAUCCUCAAGCCAUACAUUUGACUGGAUGAAAGUGAAGAGAAAUCCCCCAAAGACAACUAAAACGACAGACUACGGAUUAAGUACCCAGCACAACACUAUCAGAACCAACUUCACCACAAAACAGUUGACUGAGUUAGAAAAGGAGUUUCAUUUUAACAAGUACCUGACACGAGCCAGAAGAGUGGAAAUCGCUGCUACUUUGGAACUAAAUGAAACUCAGGUAAAGAUUUGGUUCCAGAAUCGAAGGAUGAAGCAAAAGAAGAGAGAGAGGGAAGGGUUGGCUCCGUGUGUCAUCCAGGGGUCAGUGAAAGAAACGUGUGAAAUCUCUGAUCUGUCCAGUUCUACCUCCCCGGACGCCUCUCCAAACUCUGUGUAA